AUGGAAGAAAAAGUGGAUAAACUUUUUCCAAAGGAUAGUGACAUAAGUAAUUUAAAAGAAUAUCAAAAUCAAGGGGAUUUAAAUUUCGAAAAUGAAGAGUUGAAAAGAGAAAGAGAAGAUAUAAAAAAUGAUCCUGUCUUUGUGAAAUGUGUCAAAAAUAUAUGGACAAAUGUACUUAAUAAACCUUUAGAUGGAAAAUUUAGUAAAGUAGAAUAUUUUAAAAUAAUGUUAAGAAUAUGUAAAGUAUUGAUACCAGAAUUUGAAAUUAAGGAAGUAAUAAAAAUUGUAACAGAUGAAUGGAAUAAUGAUUCUAAAGGGAAGAAAUACUUAGAUUUUGAUUCAUUUUUCAAUGCAUUCUUUGAAUUAUCAGAUAUUUGGACACCAACUAUAAAUGCAUAUGACUAUGCUCAUUUCUUGAAAACACUUUUUUAUAGAAUUACAUUUAUCGAAAUUAAAAAAAAAAAUGGUGAAAUUAUAAAAAAGAAACCAAUUAUUAUGAUCAAUUUUAAACGAAAAGAAGAGAGAAAAAAAUUGUCUCUAUAUGAUGAUAAUAUUUUGGGUUCUAAAAAUUUUGAAAAAAAUGAUAAAAGUAGUAGCUUUAUUAAAAAUAUGAAAUCAAUAAAAAAAUUAUCUCUUCAAUUAGAACAAUUUAAAAAACAAUUAACAAAAAGAUUUAGUGAUAAUUAUAAAAUACAAGACUCAUUCUUAUAUGAUGAUCUGGAUGAGGAGGAAGAUAUGAUGGGUAAAAAUUUAUUUGAAAAUUUGCUGAACAAUAGAAAUAAUGAUUCCUAUUUGCAUAGAAAUAUAGUCCUUAUGGAUGUUGAUGAAAUAAACCCUUUAGAGUACCAUGCAGAAGAUGAUAUAGAAGAUAAGAAAUGUUACUCCACGGGGAUAGGGGGGAAGAUGCAUAUCGAGGAAAUUUUCAUAUUUUGUAAGAAGCACUUACGUCGCUUCGAUCUAAUGUCUACCCAAGAUGUAAUUCCACCUAAAACUUCUCCUACAGGCAAAGCAAAGACAAGUACAAAUGUAGAACCCGCGAAGGGACAGACGAAGGAAGGACUGAUAGAAGGAGCCGCAAAAAAGAAGACAGAAUCUGCCGCAGUUUUAGAUGCAGUUUUAGAUGCAGUGUCAGAUGCAGUGCCAGAUGCAGUACCAGAUGCAAUGCCAGAUGCAGCUCCCGACGCAGAGUUCGCUGCAGAACCUUCCAGAAAAAUCAUCGCAGAAGUGCAGAAGGAACAUAUGGAGGAAGGGGUGGAUAAGUCACACUCCGACAAACAAAGUAACGUAACCAGGAGGAAUGCAUUCAGUUUCUCCCUGAAAACAAAGAAUGAGAAUGAGAAAGACAAAUGGGCAGGAAACGGAAAGAGGAAGACUGAAGGGGAUGUGGCAAAUGAAAUGUCCAUGUUAACGCAAAUUCAAGAAAGGAAAAAAAUUCAGGGCAAGGGUGAUGAAAUCAGGGAAGCGAGAAAAAAAGGAGACACCAUUGUAGAAGGGGAAAAAAUGGAUUCAUUAUCUUCUCUCCUCAUUGAUGGGAUCAAUUUCUCUGAGUUUACAAAGGAGUGCAAACUUGUCGAUUUGAAUGAACACAAGGAUGGUAGUAGUGGCAAUAGCAAUGUUAGCGGCAGUAGCAGUGGUGCUACAGAUAGGGAGGGGAAAAAUAUGACCAUUAUGAAUGCAUCUGACCAUUUUAUUCCAUCAGACAAAAGGGAUCUUUUACGCUUAGAAUCGAGUGUUGAUUUUGAAAAGGAGAUGGCAGGAAAGAAGGAAAGAAGAAAUUUUCCUGAAAUGAACCAAGGGGAUGAUGUGAUGAAAUCGUAUGUUAGUCAUGAAGAGAAGUGUGGCGUGAAAAGUGACAUGGAGAACCGGCUGAAGGGGGAUGAUUACACCCAGAGUAACAUCUGCAAAGAGAGAAAAAGCUCCAAAAGAGACUCUGAUAAGGAAGAAUCAAAACAAGAAAAGAAAGCUGAUACAUCGAUUGAUAAACUUAAUGAGGAAGAUUUGUUGCAUCAAAAGAAAAUAAAAACAUCAGUGGAGGAAGGAAAAAAAUCAAUGGAUGAAUUAAAAGAGGAAUUUUCUAAAUCAUUGGAGAAUAAAAAAGGGAAAACAGAUGAUAGCCCUAGUAUAUCUGCCACAGAAAAAGAAAAACUUAAGGGAAAUCUUUACGGGUCAGACGAAGAAUACAUAGAUGUGUUGAAAAACAAUUUGGCAGAUGCUGAUUUGUAUGAAGAGGAGAAAGAAAAAAAAAGUAAAGAAGACAAAGAAAGGAAAUCAAAUGAUAUGCUUAAAGCAAAAAAUUAUCUAGAAAAUGAAAAAAGAACUUUAGAGGAUUUACGAUUAAAAGAAAAAGAAAAAUUGAAAAAUAUGAACAAAAAUGAUAAUUCCAUGGAUGAACUGCUCGAUGAAAAUAAAGUCCAUUUGGAGAGUCAAGCUAGCAUAACUGAUAAUUCUGAUGCAUCUAAAAUGCGAAAGAUUCAUCAAUCUAGUGUUACAAAUGAUUCCACUUUUAAAAUAAAAGACAUAUCCUUUGAUGACAAACUGGACAAGGAAAUGAGGAAUAAAUCUGAAGAAGCCAUGGACAGAGGUGCGGACAGGACGAAAGAACACAUGAAAUCUGUAAUCCAUAAGGGGGGGUUGGAACCAUCCAAAGUGGUAGAAGCAUCCAAAGUGGUAGAAGCAUCCAAAGUGGUAGAAGCAUCUCAAGUGGUAGAAGCAUCCCAAAUGACAGAACCAUCCCAAAUGACAGAACCAUCCCAAAUGACAGAACCAUCCCAAAUGACAGAACCAUCCCAAAUGACAGAAACACCAAUCGUGCAAAAUGAUGCAGAAAAUGAGGAGCUGAAACAACAGAGAGACCUCAUUUUAACAGUGGACAUGGGAGUGUCAGACAAAUUGAAAUCUUACAAAGAUAACUUUGACAUGUUCUUGAAGAAAAUGAAAAGAGAGAGUAGCUCAAAAAGGAAAAGUGAUACUGAAGAGGGAGUAAUGCUGAACGCUGAACAUGCUUCAAAGGAGAGAAAAGGAGAAGAAGGAAAAGAUGUGCAUGACGAAAAAGAUCGAAUAAGAAAAGCAAACGGAGAAAAUUAUUGUCGAGAGUGGUAUGAUAAAUGGGAAAAUGAUGAUGAAGUUUCCGAAAUAGAUUUUAUGGAAAAUGAAUUGAGGAAUGCAAAUAGCCAAGGUGCGGAUGUAGCAAAUUCAAAAAAGAAAAAUGAAUUAUUUGAAAAUUUAGAAAUAAAGAAGAUCCACAAUGAAAACAACAAAAAUGAUGAGAACGACAGAUCCCAAUUGGAUUUAAAUAAAACAUUUGGAGAAAUGAAUAAAAUAUUAAACGAUGUUAUUAUUAAAAGUGAACUAGCAGCAUUGGAUAAGGAGGAAAAUCAAGAUUUGUUGUCAAAAUCAGAUCCAUUGAAAGAUCAAGAAGAGUUGUUGUAUGAUAAAAAUGAAGUAGUGAAGAAUAUACUGCAAAACCAAGAUAUUGUCAAAAAUAUUUUAUUUGAUGAAAAAGAAAUCCAGGAACAUGGAUCGAUUAAAGAUGAGAAGAAUUCUUAUACAUUGACUUUUUCCCCAUUCAAAGAAAGAGAAAAAAAUAAUGCACUCACGAAAGAAAUCAGCAGCAAGGAAAAAACAUUCGAUACAUGCGUAGAAAAAGAUUCGCUAGCUAAUAAGCAAAACAUCACAGGGCUUGUAGGAGACGGUGGAGAGAAAGACGUGGUGAGAUAUCUCGAUGAAGAGAAACAUAAAUCAUUCGUGUGGAAUACUGAAAGAAUGGGAGAAGUUAGAGAUGAUGGAUUCAAGAUCAAUGCAAGAGACGAAAGUGGAAUAUGUGAUAAGGAUGAGAAUGAUAUGAAAGAUGAGCUGUGUGUUGUAAAUAGUGAAAAGGGCGUUUCUCCUAAGCAUGUCAUAAAAAAAGGAGAAUCACCUGACGAAAUCAUAGAAAAAGGCGAAUUGCCUGAAGAAGGCAUCACCGCAAGGGACGUUGCGCUUGGGCAAAUCCAAACGGAUGAGAGAACGGAAGACAGAAUGGAAGCCAAAAUGGAAGCCAAAAUAAAAGAUAGAAUGGAAGCCAAAAUGGAAGCCAAAAUAAAAGAUAGAAUGGAAGCCAAAAUAGAAGCCAAAAUGGAAGCCAAAAUAAAAGACAGAAUGGAAGCCAAGAGGGACGAUUCGGAAAAGAGCGCGAUAGAGAAAAUGAAAUACCUAUUCGUGGAGGACGUAAAAAAAAUGAGGAGCUUCAUAAAAAUAAAUAAAAAGAGUAAAAGAGAGAAUUUCAUAAUAGUAUCAAAAGAUCAAGAAGAGUGUGUGUACAAUUUGGUGAGAAAAUUAAAGGUUGAAUUAAUCGAGCCAUCUAUGGUACUUAGAAAAAACAUAAACCUUGAAAAAGAAUUCUUGUCACCAUUGGGAAGGUUAAUUAAUGCCGAUUUGAGAAAUGGAAAAAGUAUUGAUUUUAAGAAAAUGAUGGAUUUAACAUUGGAAAAUAUGAAUACUAUCAUAUCCAAAAAUAAUGGAUACGUUUUAUACUUCACUGGCGAAUUUGUUGAUUAUUUAGAAUAUUUUCUGUACAAAUUAAAAAAAUUGUCUUCUUUAAAUUACUUUAAUUAUAUGAAUUUUUUAAACAUGAAUUUUGUAAAAAAUGCGAUACACGAAGAAGGAAUAAAUAUGGUCCAGUUUUUCUUGAAAGAUCAAAAUUUGAUUAUAGCGAACCCCUUCAAGGACUCUUUUCCCGUCUUUAGCAUAAUUCUAAAGAAGCAUGCUAGUCCUAGAUAUGAGGAAAAAAACAGUGUGAAGAGAAUCUACGAAAUUCUGUUGAAGCUUUUUAAGGAACAAAGCAUCCGAAUCCCAAAUUUGACAGACUCAGAUGGAAAGAACCUACAUUUAAGUGCCAAAUAUGAUAAAAAAGAAUAUAAACUAGAUAAAAAAAUAAAAGCAGAAAAAGAAGAUGCACAUUCAGACACAUUCAGUGAAAACUUAUCUGGUACUGUUACAGAAAGGGAUUCAAAAAAUGAACAGUGGGAUGAAGAAGAUGAACAUGUUCUGGAAGUGUUAGAGAGAGAGAAGAAAGUGGAAGUUGCAGAUGUGCAUUCAAGUGGUGACGAAGAUCAGUAUGCACAUGAGGAAUGUCUAACCAUAGAUUGUUCUGAGGAAAAUUAUGUCGAAGAGUGGUCAAAUGAGGGAGAUGCAAAAAAGGUGAAAGAGAGUGAUGAAGGUGGAAGCGACGAGGGUGGAAGUGAUGAAGAUGUAAGUGACGAGGGUGGAAGAAGUGAUGAAGGUGGAAGUGAUGAAGGUGGAAGCGACGAGGGUGGAAGUGACGAGGGUGGAAGUGACGAGGGUGGAAGUGACGAGGGUGGAAGUGACGAAGAAGAGGAAGAACGAAAAACCACUCAUCCCCAUCAGAAACAUAAUAGCAAGAACACUUCCGCUGGGGUGAUAGACAUCGAAAAUAUAAGUGGAAAAUACUUUAAUUCAAUGAAUAAAGAAAUGAAUUAUAUAUACAAGUGUGGCCACCCGGAGAAGUACUACCGAAGUUAUUAUAAAAGUUUGGAGGAGUCUGUCCACGGUAUGAAGUUAGAGAGAUACAUUCGAAGCUUGAUUUGGAAAUUGAGCGAACUGGGAGAAGUGAAAGUUGGGGAAGCGAAGGAGGGGGAAGAAGAAAUAGUAGCUCACGUACUAAGAAGAAAGUUUAACAUCCAAAGUAUCGACAUAGAUUUGGUUCCGGAGAGAAAGGGCAGCACUAACACACAUGGAAGAAGCGGAAAGAUUAGCGAUUGCUCAUCUCUUUGGAAAAUAUUUCACAUCAACAUGAUCAUGAAUAGAUACUCUUAUUAUUUGAAGAAUAACUUCUUCCCGUGUAAGUAUAAAAGGGAAAAAAGUGCAGGAAAAGAAGAAGAGAAUGGAUCUGGAUGUUUGUUGGUAAAGCUUAAGAGGAAAAUUCCUUUAAAGGAAUGUCUAUUCAGUUAUGCUAUACAAAGCGAAGAAGACGAUAAGAAUUCUGUUGUAAUGUCAGAUUAUCGUGAAGUGAAUGUCCUUCAUGAGAAAGAAAUAGAAGAAGGGAUAACACAAAUGAACUCUCAAAAAGGGAGAAAAAUCCGAGGGGAAGAAGAGGAGGAACAGAAUGUUCAUAUAGAAGACACAACAGAUGAAGUAGAAGGAGGAGUGGCACAAAGAGAAGUAAAAGAAAUAUCUACUAAGGAAGUAAAAAUGGAAAGGACAAAAUCGAAACAAAGUGAUAUACAUUACUACAGACUAUGGAGCAGGUUCUAUAAGUACUGUCCUGUGACUUACAUAAAUGAGAGAAGAUUUGUAAAAGGGAAAAAAGAAUUUUUGACAAUUUACAAGAAUAAAAUAUAUGUACUAGAAAGUUAUGAAAAAAUGAGAGAAUUUUUAAAAUAUCCCCAAUUUUACUCUAGUAAUAAAAUAAAAGAGACCAUCAACUUUUCCAUGAUCAUUUAUUUUACUAAUACAGAUAUAAAAAAUAAAGUUAUGCACAUUAUCAAGUUCAAUGAAAAAGUGGUGCAUAUUGACUUGGAAGAAUAUUUCCAGAAAUUCUUCUUCAUAAAUAUGAGUGAAGGGGAAAGCGUUGAAGAAGAUGCUUGUGGAGGAGAGCAUGUGAAAACCCAGAGAAAAAAAUUCCUCAGCAAUGUAGAUACCUACAUGUUCCAAUUAAAUCGACUUCUCCAAGGGAAAAAAAUUUCUCCUCUGUUUAUUGUUAGAUACAUAUGCAUGCGAAUGGGGAAGACGCAUUCGUUUAAUGUGUAUAUAAUGCGUGAAAUAACGAAAUUCCUUCAUAAGCUCAGGGAUCAUUUCUCUUGCAUGGUUAGUGAUAGAGGGAAAUUUGGUUUCUUGAAUCGGGAACAAUCAUAUGGUCAGUCUAGACGUGCAGCUGAUUGGAUAGGGAAAAGCAGGGCGGUAGAAGAGGAGAGAUAUGCAAAAGAUGACAUGGUGAAUGAGGAGAAUGCAGUGAAAAUUUUCCCGAAUAUAGAAAAAAUAGAAUUCCUUCACAGCUUAUUAAUAACCCAGAGAAAGUGCGCUGAGAAGGAGUGUGAGUUCAGAACAAUGAUGAGGGGGAUAUUUUCCUGUCCUAGUUUGAGCAAGAUAAACGAGACAAUAGAUAAACUGGUUGCAAACAUUUCGAAUAAGAUAGAAGUAGAAGACGAGGUGCACACCCAUCAAUUGAGGAAUAGCAAUCAAGAAAGAGGAAGUCGCGACUUUAUCUGGACCCAUACGAGUUCUCCUCAGUUAGAUGUAGAACCGGAAAAGGAAGCGCGUAUAGAAGGGAGAAUGGAAUUAGCUGGGGAAGAACCAACGAAUGGCAUUCCCUAUAGUACAUUCCUGCAGAGCACCACAUUUAUCAUAACGGGGCUUCCAUUGAAUAACAUUAUUUUCAAGUAUUUGAAAAAAUUGAAUGUGCAGAUAGACACCAUUGUGGCUUUUAACGUGAAUAAGCAGAAAAAGAAAAUUCAAGAAAACAUACAGAGGAACAUUUUGCGAAAAACUGCAGCAAACGUGGGUUCAAGUGGAGGCUCAAGUGGAGGCUCAAGCGGGGGCUCAAGCAGGGGGUCAAAUGGAAUACAAUGGAAGGAUAACCCCAUGUAUAUAUACAACAAGAAUUACAAGCGAAAGAUUGAACGGUUGAAGAAAGAAAGCUGCCACGUCCACUUUGUAAGCAUAGGGGUAGAAACGAAUAUAUAUAGUUAUGCAAAUGAAAUAAGGAAGUUCAUAAAUCCAUAUAUGCAUACUUAUUAUAAUUAUGAUGAAAUACUGAAAAAUGCUUCACUCGUAGAUAAAUUUAACAAUUCUUACACGAAUGUAUACUGUCCAUACGUAUUGAAGAAAUAUAAUUGGUUACACAAAAGCAAAAGUAAUGUAAAACUAGUAUAUAAUGAGAAAAUUCAUUAUUUAUCAAAUUUAUAUAACGCUUUUCACUUUUGUCAAAAUAGAGAAUCUUAUACUUCGAAUUUUAAGGUGCCUCCGUUGAGAGUGCUACUCCUAGCAGAUGAAGGAUGCCAUUUUGAAAAAGAAAUAGAAAUUAUUGCAUGCAAAUUCUUUUUGAAAUAUUUAGACGUAGGAAAGGAGUUUACAAAUGCAUUCAGGUAUGCCUGCAUAUAUAUAUUGAAAUAUGUCUACUUCUUCAAAUUAUCAAUGGAUGUAAGGAGGAAGAAAAUAAAUAAUGCGUUAAAAAGGUUCUCUUUCGAUUCUAAUUCGUUACUUGAAAUUCAGAAUCAUGAUCAUACUAUUUGCCUGAACAAGGUAGAUGUGAAUUAUUUAGAAGACAAUAUAGAAAGUAUAAACCCAUUAGAGGAAUACAACAUGGAGCAUGAACAAAAAAUAUAUGAUGUAUUGUUUUCUCUAGUCCAACCUUUCAACCUAGUGUUAAACUUGGCCAAAAUUGCUGCCAUUCGAUUUGUCUUACAUGAACAAUUAGAGAAGUGCAUUAUCAGAUUUGAUUCCACGAGGAAGAACCUUUUUAGCGCGACUUCACUUGCACAGGUGAGAAGUUGCAUGGAUGGAGUCCUAAGGGGAAGUAGAUGUGAUAAAAAUGGGGGAGACAAAAAUGGGGGAGACAAAAAUGGGGGAGACAAAAAUGGGGGAGACAAAAAUGGGGGAGACAAAAAUGGGGGAGACAAAAAUGGGGGAGACAAAAAUGAGAGAGACAAAAAUGGGAAUUCUCAAAGGAAUGACACGUCCCUUCUACGCAGAAGCAUCAAGGGGAAAGAAGAACCCAUAAUGUAUGACGAAGACUCGACAUCUAAAGGUGGAAGUUCUGAAGGGGGUUCUUCUAACUCAGAGGAUGAUGACUUCGCGUAUGAAAAAAGUAAUAUAAAGUUGGAGCAAGUUGAAAGGAUGUUUUUAAAACAAAACGAAAGGGAGCUACUAAACAGUAAAUAUAUCUUUCUCGAAAAAAAGGUGUUAAAUUCUUUUGAGAAAAUUUUAAAAUACUCAUUUCGAGUGCCUGAACAUGUAAUAUAUCUGAAGUGUGGGUUUAAAACGUCUUGGGAAAAAUCUGGAUAUUUCCAUUCAGAAUCAGAGGGAAAAAGCAAGAAAUUGGACGAUAAGAAAAAUGAACAAACCAGAGGAAAGAAUCACAAAAGGGAGGAAAGUAGUCUGACAAAACAACCAUUCGUAGAAGGAGAAAAGAAUAUUCUAAUAAAAAUAAAAAGAACAUCAAAGAAAAAUAGACAAAUAAUUAACUGCUUAAAAGAUAAUACUAAUGUGUGGUGCAUUGAUGUAGGGAGAUUUCACAGCAAAAAAGUAAAGACAUGGAUUGAAAAUAAAUUCAGAAAUGUAUUUCAAUAUCGAAAUAAUUUAUUUCAUCAAUUGAAUAUUAAAAGGGUAGAUAAAAUAUGGGCCCAAUUUUUGAAAAAUAAUAAUUAUGUAAAAAUUUCAAAUUUGUAUUUUUACUCCCCUGUAAAUAUUGACAACAUUGUAGAUAUCGACACGAACUACCUACUGCUAUACAAUUCCUUUUUAUUUUAUUUUAGAACAGAAGAAGAAUUAAACAUAUUUAGCAAAAAACCAAUUCAUUAUUUGUCACAAAUGAAACCAGAUCCUUCAUUUAUCUUACCAUUCAUACUUAUCUAUUCAGAUGUAAACAUAGAUGAUUUGUGUGAUGAGCUCAUCAAAAGUACAAAAUGUGCAGUGAUUAAUAUCCAGAAUUUGCUAUCAUUUGCUUCCAAUAUCGACAAGUUCAAGCAACUGAUUCAGAGUGAUCGUUUGGAUGAUUCUCAUAUUAUGGAACUCCUUCGAAUCAGGCUAAAUCAGUAUGACACACUUGCUCAUGGAUGUAUUCUCUGUAACAUACCUUACAACAAAUUUCAACUUGAACAUCUGAUAGGGAAUCAAAAAAAAAUACCACAUUUGGUUUUUUUGGUUCAAAAAGGAGAAGAGAAAUUUAAAAUGGGUGAGGGUUCAGAAUGCAUGAAGCAGAACAUGCACAUGACCAAAAACUCCGAAUUGAAGACAAAAAAGAAGGUGCAAGACAUAGGGGGGAAGCAGGGCAACGAAGGGUUGCUAUUUCCACAUUUUUACAAUUUCGUGAAGGGAAUAAAAGAAACCUUCAGUGAAAAAUAUAAAAAUGUAAUAAAUAUAGAACACACAAAUGUGUGGAAAAUGAAAUGCAAAAUAACGGAAGAUAUAGAGGAGAAUAUAAAAAAUUAUCAACGGUAUAGGAGGUACAAGUACAACAACAGAACAGCCUAUUUUAAAGGGUUCAAUAUUUAUGAAAAAGAAAAUUAUGAAAAAGAGAUAAAAUUUGACAAGUACUGUCUAGUUACGUAUAAGAAAAAGAACAUUUUAAAAAAGUGUAACAUAUUCGACAAUUAUACAUUGUAUCAUAAUGGGUACUACUACCUAGUAAACAGUUUUGAAGAUGUUGUAGAGUUUGAAAAAAAUGCUACAGAAUUUAUUAACUUGGAAGAACCAUCUUCUAAAUUUGAAAAAGUUGAACAAGUAGAGGAAAAUACAGAAAUAGAAAAUGAGGGAUUCUGUUUGGUAAGCUUGAGAGAUCAGAACAAUUUCGUUAAAGGAAAUAAGCAAUGUUGUAUAAAAUAUGAAGAAAAAUUUUAUCUGUUCGAAAAUGCGGAAAAAAUGCAAAAGUUUGUAAAUAAUUAUAAUGACUACUUAAACAACCAAAACAUUUUUGAAAUAAUUUUAGAAAAAAUGAAAAAUCAAAAUGAUGUUACAACAUUGGUUUAUUUGAAAACAUUCUUGUAUGACAUUUUGUGUGAAUCUUUGUAUGCCUUAGGGAAGCAUAGGCCACUAUAUCCUGGACUCACCACAAAGCUUAGUGCAAUUAAAUUUCUUGCCCUGUUCUUUUACAAGGAGAAUAAAUUAUUUUCAGAACCCCUCAGAAGGUCUUAUGAACACAAUUUUCGCUCCUUUCUAAAUGAUUGUGAAAUACCAAUAAACAUCCAAAAAUUGACACAAAAAUUUGAAACCAAUUGCACUAGCAAAAAUCAGAACAUAAAAAAACCCACCAAAAAGUGGACAAAACGGGACAUUGAAACGUAUGAAAAAUACGUGAGUCUGUACGAUAAAAUAUUGUACUCUCAAAAUAGGGGGAACAAAUAG